AAGCCACUGCUGCGUGAACUUUGAUUGAUGAUUUUAAUUUACAAACUUUGAAGAGCUAUAUCUAAUGCUGUCCUUCUUGUCCCUUUCUCUAAACAGAUAAAUAUCAAAGCAUCUAAUAAAACAGACAGAAUACAACAUGACAGAAUUGAUGAACAAGAUCCCUGCCCAGAAAACAGGUUCAGAAUUCCUAGUCACCUCUCAUUUUACAAUAAGCCACGAGGAUCGAUGGGCGCCAAAUAAGGAUCCACAGGUGUACAAGAGUACUUUUAAAAAGGACUACCCACCCCUCCCUCUGACUAAAAGGGAACGCAUACCAUCCCCAUCUCCUGCAACAAUCAUGCACAAAGAUGACCGGUACAAUGAUAAGUGUUCAAUGACCCGAGGGCACUUUGUUGAGAAAAGUCUUGGGAAACAGGAUUAUGCGAAUUCUACAUCAGCAUUGACAAGAACAAAUUUUAAGAUGGAUUCUGACAGACAGUUGAAGUCAUUCCAGACAACACACAAAGAAUAUUAUCCAGUUCGACCUCUUGAUGAAGCCAGGAACCCUGCUGCCACAGGAAAGAGUGACUGGAUGCGAAGUUACAUUCCACAAGGUGACAAAGAGAAAGAACUUUGGCCACACUCAGAUUACCGUAGUAAGUUCUUGGGUAAACAGGUAAGUAAAAGAGAUGUUGUGGCACCUUUUGACAAGUUUGAUGGACCACCCACUAUUACUGGGGAUGCAAGAACCCACCACUUGGGACAAUUUACAACAACCACAAAGUCAGAGUUUAUUGGACGUUAUCUACAAAGACAACAUCUCGCGGAUCCUGCUUUAAGGGACAGGGGAUCAAGCAUUCCUCAAGGUGACCAGGAAAAGUGCAAUUACUCCACUUCAACCCAACAAGAUUCCUUCAGAAGACCGAGUUUUCAAGAUUUCACCCCUUUUGACAGAGAAGAUGCUGUCAACAGACUGCGUAGAACAACUUUCCAACUAGGUGACAGGCGUGUCCCUGGACACUUGAAGACCACGGCCGCAGAAUCCUAUCCUUCACGUUUAAUGUCAGACAAGAGUAUUUCUGCCAACCUUGACAUGGGAAAGAGCAGCUUUCCUGAGGGAGACAUGGAUCCAUUACGAGCUCAUGAGAGAGUCAGUGUGACAACAAAUGACAUCUUCUUUGGGAACCCUACCACCGGAUUUAGAAAUAAAAUAGUGGAUGGUUCUCAUCUGAGAACUGAAUCACAUGUGGAUCUGGGAGCAGCAAGGGGAGCACGCUUUUAUGACACUUCAAUGAAGUCGGACUUCAAAGCGGUAUCAGCACCAUACAAAAAAGCUGCAUCAGGAUUGACCACAAAUAGCAGCAUCCCAUUGGACUAUUACAGUGGUGCACCUGUUACCGUGCCAACAAGCUGGAGUGAUUUCCCAUCACAUGCUGGUGUUCCCAAACUCAUCCCCAAUCCCCUAGCUGUUGAUAAUCUUAAAAAGUCGCAUAUAAAACCUCCAAUUCCAGAGGAAAGAGAAUUCAGCACAACACACCAAAGAACAUACACACCAAAGAGGACUUCAAGAAGAAACGUUGAUCCUGGCAGCUUACAGCGCAGCUCUGUUCCACUUGGAACCUUAAAUGCCUAUAUUUGAGACAAGUUCUUGUGGUUUAUUAUUUUGUAAUAAAUGCAUGUACAUGUACAGUGUAAAAUACUUGAUGUGUUUAUGUUACAAUUUAAGUUGUCUAUACCUAGCUAGGUAAGGUAUUUAUCUACACCAAAAACAAUUAACUGUCUGUAGAUUAUUAUAAAAAGCACCUGUAAUUUUAUCAUUAAGUUCUGUAGCACUGAUGCAACGUUGCAUUGCACUUACCUUUACACGCAAAGAAAGCUUGUAACAGUCUGUAAAGAUAACAUGUUAGUAGGCCUGCAUAUGUAUUGUGCAGUAGAGUCCCACUUUGAAAAAUAAAAUGUCAUUCUAUUCCAUAUAAAUAACAAUAUGAAGUGUCACACUCUUUGUUAGCAAAGUGUGUGUGUUUUUAGUGUUCUCUUAGAACAAAACCAUUGUGUAAUGAACCAUUAAGAUGAUAAAAAUAUAAACAUGACAUGCUCAGCAUCCAGCCUUUGCAUGGAAUAAAUACAUGUACAUAUGUCAAGUUGGAUGUGAAAAAAAGAUGAGAAAGCAUAAAAGAACCAAGAAGAUAAACUAAGGGGCAAUGCUCACAUCAGCAGCCACUGCUAAGCUGUGAGUUGAAUAUUGCUACAUGUACAUGCAUCUUGCAGUCCAUAUGUUCCAUUGAUUAAAAGGCUGUGCUUUGCUUAU